UUUCUCAACUGUCAACAGAGACAACAUAAGAAAAGAUAUCUUUCUUAAAUGAAAUCUCGCCAUUCGUGAAUUGAUAGACAAUUGAUUUGAAAUGAUCUAGUGAGCCUGGAGUUUCAAGCUAUGGCAUAGUUCAUAUUGUUCGAUACAAGACCGGGAAAUGUUCGACGAGAGGGCGAGAGAGAGAGCAAAUUGCAUGAUCGCAAGCAGAGGGAGAGUUUCGUUGCGAUCGUUGGUAUUGUGUAGAAUCAUGGUGGAAGGAAGAAAAUCGCGAUUUGAACGAUUUGGCAAACGUGACUGCACUUUUCGCUUAUGUGAUGGAGGAGGAAGGGUGGCGAUGGUGAUGGUAGCAAAAAUAGACUGUGCAUCUCUCUGGCUGUUGUAGUUCAGAGUAGUGUUGAUUUCUGGUAGCAGUAGCAGUACGAAACGAAUGAGGCUUAGUUUCUAGUGUCUCUGGUUGACUAUCUUCUAGCUUCAGAACCAGACAGAGGCAGGUGAAACCGCAAAUCUGACGCUUUAGAAUCAAGUGAACAGGACGGUCAAAGCGAUCAUCUGCAGCAGUGGUCAGGAAUGGACUUCCUGCUGGGUGGCUGUGCAGCGACCUGUGCCGGAGUGUUCAGCAAUCCGUUCGAUGUGAUCAAAACGCGCCAGCAACUGCAGGGAGAGCUAGUGGAUGCGGCCGAACUGCAGCGGAAUCCCUACCGAUCGAUCACCAAAUCGAUCGAGUCGAUUCUCAAAGCAGAAGGGGUAGCCGGUCUCCAGAAGGGGCUCGUUUCAGCUCUGGCAUUCCAGUUCACGAUGAACAGCAUCCGACUCGGGAUCUACCAGACGGCGGAGAACUACGGAUGGACCCGUGGCGACAGUAAAUUCGGUACGCUGCUGUACUCGAUUUACUGGGGUGGCAUCAGUGGAGUGAUCGGUGUGACCUUCUCCUGUCCGUUGUAUAUGGUUAAGACCCAGAUUCAAGCUACGUCCCACGGAAGAUACGCCGUCGGCUAUCAGCAUAACCACACCGGAACGCUCGACGCACUCAGCGGGAUCUAUCGGACGCAGGGGCUGAAAGGACUGUGGCGAGGAUAUCCGGGUAUUGUGACCCGGACCGCCAUCGGAUCAUCGGCUCAACUGGCGACCUUUUCAACGUUCAAAGAGUUUUUCUUGCAGUUCGAAAUAUUCCAGCAGUCGGUCAUUCUGACGGCGUCCGCCGCCAGCAUGUUCAGUGGGUUCUUCUGCUGCGUGUUUAUGUCACCGUUCGAUGUGAUCGCGACCCGGCUGUUCAAUCAAGGAGUGGACAGCCGUGGCAAGGGUUUACUGUAUCGCAGCGUCUGGGACUGUUUCCGGAAAACGCUGAACGCCGAAGGUCUGCACGGCCUGUACAAAGGAUUCGUUCCGAACUAUUGGCGAAUCGCUCCGCACACGAUUUUGAAUUUGACCUUUUGGGAUCAGUUCAAAAGUUGGAAGGACCUGUACUAUUGACCCUUGACCCUGGGAGCGGAUUUCACCCGUUCAACCGGAUUAGCUUAGUUUGCUUGGUGCUAAUUGCUUUGAGUUGUUUCUUUUCUUUCUGUUUCGUUCGAAUAAUUUUCUAGCCUAAUGUUAGUGAUAUUCUACAAUCGGUUUAAGCUUCGAAAAUGCUUAGACACGGGAAUUAAGCACAACGUUAAACGAUGUAAUAAAGUUAUAAUUCGAUUUCAAA